AUGAAGGGGGGAAAUCAAUUACCCUUGGAGUCUCCAAACCAAACGGUGAGCCAAGGGGUUCAAGUUACACCAUUGGAUGACAAUAUGGUCGAGAUGUUAGGUCGCUUGAACUUGACAUCAGAAGAAAGUGAUGCAGUUGAGGUGGCAGAUGAUAUUGAAGAAGAUUUGGCAACAUCUGAUUGCGCCAUUAUUGGUAAGAUCCUGUCUCAAGGGGUCUUGCAUAUACAAACAAUUACAUCAGCACUUAAACCUGCUUGGGGUAAUCCAAAAGGUUUGAGGAUGAGAACAGUUGGGGAUAAUAUGUUUAUUGCAGACUUUGGCUCCAAGCAGGACAAAAAUAGAGUUUUAGAUGGUUCUCCCUGGAAUAUUGGUAAGCGGAACGUUUUAGUUCAGGAGUUUGAUGCUUCUAUGAGGCCAUCUGAUAUUCACUUUGAUUAUAUGUCGAUUUGGGUGAGGAUUUAUAAUAUUCCUUUUGGUCUGAUGAAUGGAAAAUGGGGUUAUGUGAUUGCAAAGAAAAUAGGGCCUGUUGAAAAAUUAGAAGUGGAUGAUCAGGACCGUGCAUGGGGAGCUUACCUUAGAGCAAAGGUACAGAUCAAUAUAACGAAACCUCUUAUGAGGGGCGUUUCAAUUUUCUCAACCAAAAGACAAGCAAAGGAAUGGUAUGAGGUGCGAUAUGAGAAAUUACCAAAUUAUUGCUACUCAUGUGGAAUUAUUGGAUAUUCCUCUGUUGAGUGUCUUACACCAGCUGAGCGAGAUGCAGAUGGCUUGCUCCCUUAUAGUGGAGAUCUGAGAGUUCCAGAUGACAGAAAGAAAAGGCCUUCUGAUGAUGUAAAUGGCCAGAGCUCUACCACAGCAGGGAAGAGUGGUGGCACAAGUGGCCAAGAAUCAAUGUCAGGUGCAAUUGAUCUCAGAACACUAAAUAAUCAGGUUAGAAGUUGCUUUGCUGUCAGUAGCGAAGGAAGAAGUGGUGGCCUUGCUUUAUUUUGGGUUAAGGAAUGUGUGGUAUCACUUGAGCAUUACUCGAUGAAUAUUAUUGAUGUGCUAAUAAAUUUAGAAGAUGGAAGUGUGUGGAAAUCUACUUUUGUUUAUGGAGAACCUAAAACGAAACAACGUUAUCAAUUCUGGGAUCUUCUUCGUUUUAUUAGAGCUCAUUGGAACGGGCCUUGGUUAUGUGCAGAAGAUUUUAAUGAAGCCUUAAGUAGUGAUGAGCAUUUGGGAAGGACACGAAGAGGUGAAUCACAAAUGAAGCUCUUUAGGGAAUGCCUAGAGAACUGUGGUCUCUUGGAUCUAGGAUUCUCAGGGCCAAAAUUUACGUGA